GUUUGUUUCAUGAUUUUGGGCCUCCGGCCCUCUUUACAACCAAACAAAAGAAACUAGAAAAGCAGAAGAAACUAAAACAAAACACCGGAGGUUGGCUGCCGUCGUCUACAGAACACGUCUCAGAUCACAACACCAGAAAAAAGGUUAUCGAUCAUUCAUGAUUAUUGAUUGAGGGAGUUGCUGACAACUGUGCUUGCCUCCCUCAUGAGUUCAACAGUUUCGACACCUAGAGGGAUACUGUCACCCACAAGGCUUGGCUCGUACGGGUCGCCUGAUGCUGGGUCGUCUGGUUCUUUUACCCCGCUUGAAUCGGACUUCAGUGAUGGUGACGAGACUGAGUUGCACUCUGUGUCCUGGAAUCAGGACUAUGGUUGCUUUGCGGCAGGCACAAGUAAUGGUUUUCGUAUCUAUAACUGUGAGCCUUUCAAGGAGACUUUUAGACGUGAUUUGAAAAGUGGUGGGUUUAGAAUUGUUGAGAUGUUGUUCAGAUGCAACAUUCUCGUACUUGUUGGUGGUGGAGACAAUUCCCAAUAUCCACCCAACAAAGUUAUGAUUUGGGAUGAUCAUCAGAGCCGAUGUAUUGGUGAAUUUUCAUUCAGGUCUGAGAUUCGUGCAGUAAAGUUGAGACGUGAUCGCAUAGUUGUGGUUCUUGAGCACAAGAUAUAUGUUUACAGCUUCAUGGAUCUUAAGCUACUGCAUCAGAUAGAAACUUUAUCAAAUCCCAGGGGAUUGUGUUGCCUUUCACACCAUCAAAAUACAUCUGUGCUGGCUUGCCCAGGCCUUCAGCGGGGGCAAGUUCGAAUUGAACAUUUUGGGCUGAUUAUGACAAAGUUAAUCAAUGCUCAUGAUUCUCAUAUUGCAUGCUUCACGUUAACAAUGGAUGGGCUGCUUCUUGCAACUGCUAGUACCAAGGGUACUUUAAUAAGAAUCUUCAACACGAUGGAUGGGACUCGCUUACAAGAGGUACGCAGAGGUGUGGACAGAGCAGACAUCUAUAGUAUUGCCCUCUCUCCGAAUGUUCAGUGGUUGGCAGCAUCAAGUGACAAAGGUACUGUGCAUAUAUUCAGCCUCAGAGUUAGAGGGGUUGGAAUGGAUUUAUCUACUCAUUCGAAUGCUGCUCAAGGGCCAUCACUUUUUCAACAGAAUUCUUCAAAUUCCCUAGAGCCUCUUAUUUCUCCAAACACUGGAGCCAAUUCGAGUUCAUCGUUGUCUUUCAUGAAAGGGGUUUUACCUAAAUAUUUUAGCUCAGAGUGGUCUUUUGCUCAGUUCCACUUGCCGGAAGAUACACAAUUCAUUACUGCAUUUGGUUCUCAAAACACUGUCAUCAUUGUUGGCCUGGAUGGGAGCUUCUACAGGUGCAGUUUUGAUCCAGUGAAUGGAGGUGAGAUGUUGCAGCAGGAAUAUGUACGGUUUCUGAAAACAGACAGUAGACCAAGAUAGGGUUGUUUUAUUACUCAUGUAGCCAUACGUUCUUUUGACCCUGUGUACAUAUUGAUUUAUCAGUUGAGUGUAAAUAGUAAAUAUUUGGGAAGUAUUACUUUGUUCCAUUUGACUGUAUAUCUUGCAAAA